CAAUCACAUCUCUUGUCAAGAUGAAGUUCAACAGCGCUCUCGCUCUCUCCUCCCUCCUGGUGCUCGCCGUGGCCCAGGACACCAACUCUACCUCCACUGCCAGCGCUGCCACUGCGACUGCCAGUCUCUCUGCUCAGGCCAAGUGCGCCGAGUCCUGCGCCUCCAGCGACAUCUGCUGCAUUGCCAAGUGCUACAAUGUCCCCUGCCCCAACGACUCUCAGGCCAACGACACCACCAGCUGCGUUGCCGCCUGCCCCCAGGGUAACGGCUCCACCAGCGACACCGACGCCUACGCCAGCUGCCAGAGCCGUUGCGUGAGCAGCUACUUCUGGUCCAGCGCUACUGCUACCGCCGGCUCCUCCGCCAGCACCGCCAGCUCCAACGAUGGUACCACCACCACCGGCAGCGGCAGCAAGUCCUCCUCCACUGGUUCCAGCAAGUCUGGCUCCUCCAAGUCCGGCUCCUCGGACUCGACCAGCACCGCCACCAGCACCGGCGCCUCCGCCAGCGAGACCUCCAACUCGGCCGCCAUCACUCAGCUGAAGAUGGGUGUCUCCACCGUUGGACUCCUGGGCUUCGUCCUCGCCGCCUGGGCUCUGUAAAUCUCUUCCGCUUACAGAACGGAAGCGAGAUGUCACAGAAGUUUCUUUCAACCAACAACGGCACACGAACCUUUUUGUCUCAGUACAUAUGGGAAAUUGAAUGAAUGAGGGCGGGCAGGAAGGGAAACAUGAUUGAUUUUAUUUUGCACUCUAAUGGGAUAUCACACUUCGCACACAAAGCACCCCUUGACUUACUACUACUCUUGCACACACUUUGUUGACGUUGUCAUAAUAACUUACUACUACCUUGACUGUCUGUCACUAAUACUACCCACAAGCGCUUGCUUCACUUGGCAGAAUUUAGUAUUAUUGUAUAACAAUCAUAUCUGUGUUGCAGCUUGUUCUA